AUGAAUGUGAAUCGACUUCCUCUGGCCUCAUCAAAUUUAUUGGUAUCUUUGUUAACUGUGGUCUCAAUUGUGGCCACGAAUUUAUGUCGUGGAGCGAUAUGCGAACGGUUCCACUGCAGCUCUGAAUCAUUUCCUCCACGCAUUAUUGAUCCCUACCUGCGACGAGGAGCUACGUUUAAUACUCCCUGUUCAUGCCUCCCCGAUUGGAAUUCGAUGUUCUGCAAUCACACACAAAUUCUCUCCGCAACUCCCGGAUUACUUGUUCCAGAGAUGCCUACAAUAUGCAUAUGCAGAAAAUUUGAUGACAAUGGUAGCAAGUGCCAGCAGUUCAUCACGCGGUGUUUCAAUAGAAAGGAUAAGAAGUGUACCUGUUGCUUCAACCAGCCGAGCGACUUCUGCGAUCAUCUGACAUGCAAAAACGGCGAGCCGGAGUUCAGCUCAUCGAAUACAAGUUGCGUUUGCCAUCACAAUCCUGCGGAUUAUCCGUAUCAUAUAUGCAAAUCGCUUUAUACCCGAAAUAGUCCUACCUAUACCGAGUCAUCGCAGGCACUGCGAAAUUCUGGCAUGGACAGGGAGCGGAGGCAUAAAAAUUCGUUCUCAUUCCUUGGUCUGACUAUCCCAUCGUCAAUCGUCACGUACAUCGUCAUAGGUCUCCUUAUUGGGGCAAUUUUACUGACGGCGAUAAUUCUGGUGGUCGGAAACCGGAGGAGGCAAAAACGACGCGAGGAUAAUACUCGUCAAAGACAAACUGCUCACGAAGCCCUGCUGAUGCAGCGAGCCGAUGACGAUCGAUAUCUACCCUCUGUGUGA